GCGACUUCUCCCGUUAUUAGGCCAUACAUGUUUCUUAGGUCAGAAAUAGUGAAAACAACAUUUGUAAGAAUCGUCAAAAAUGUCCACCGGAAAGCUGCUGGAAGGUUGCUGGUAUUGACGCGGCUGGUUGACGUCUCCGUUCUGCAGUUAUAAUACCACUCUUCCAAGUGCUUCCCAGUUUCCACCUGAGGAACCAAACACCAUGGACAUACUCAGCAACCUUCCUCCCGACGUUACAGACCACAUCCUGACCCUGCUACCCAUCAAAGAAGCAGCCAAAACAAGCUUGCUCUCCCAAAAAUGGCGGCAUCGUUGGAGAACCAUUCCUCAUCUCGUGCUGGAUCGCGAUUUCGCCGCAGUAAUCCCUCACAACAACGAGGGUAGUAGUAGUAGUACUUCAUCAUCUUCAUUGGAGUAUAUAAACAAGGUAACCAUGGAGAUCAAUAGAGCUCUCGCCCUCCACAAAGGACCAAUUACCAAAUUCGUCCUCGCCGUCCCCGGGCUGAGACCCAGCCCGGAGAUCGAUCAAAUUCUGCUUCGCCUCUCCGAAAAAAGCAGCAGCUGCGUCCAGGAAUUCAGCCUUCGCUUCGGCGACGAUCAGGUCAUGUCAUGAACCUAACUGAUUUCAAUAACUCGAGUUGUUGGAAGAGGUAUAUGUAUGGUACUUAACCACUUUACAGGUCAAUCCGUUCAAGUUUCUGGACAGGAAUCUGGCUCACGAAGCUGUGAGGACGUCGCUGCCUGUCGCCGGAUUCGGGAAGCUCACAAGUCUUGAACUGAAACAAGUAGUUCUGUCCGCCGAUUUCUUCGGCGAAUUCAUCCCCCGAAAGUGUCCCCUGCUUGAAGAAUUGAAGCUGCUGAACUGUGACGGAAUUUACCACCCUCAGAUUGUAGCUCCGCGGCUCCAAGCUCUGUAUUUCCACUCCACUUUUUACACGAUUUCGUUCGAAUUCACCCCGCUGCUCCACUUGGUAUCGAUCCUGGAAAAUGGUUUGUAUCACUACGAUGGGUACGGUUACGCGGAAGCUGAAGCAGAUGCCGCUGCUGUUUUCGCUUCCCUCCCUGCUCUCCGCCAAUUGACCCUCGGCCUUGAAUUUCUGCUGUUGCUUGCUGACGGUGUUCAUAUCCCUACAAGGCUUCCUACUCCGCUUCGCGACUUAACAGAGCUGGAAAUACCUCAUCUAUGCCUGUCUAGUUUGAAGGAAGCUAGGGUUCUUGUCUGUCUGAUCUUGAAUUCUCCCAACUUGCGUUGUCUCGCCAUAGGGCUGGAUACUGGAAACGGGCGUUCGAUGGGAGCCGAGGUUGACAGCCUGCUGGAGAUGUUGGAAGCCGGAGAGCUGAUGCAGCAGCCUGGUGGUGGGAGUAGUAGUUGCCUGCAGUGUCUUGAGGUGUUCAAGAUUCAGAACAGCCUAGGGGAAUUGCAGGCGGAAAUGGAGCUGGUGAGGUUUGUGCUGGCCAAUGCCAGGCAGCUUCGAAGAGUCCACAUUACGGCUCUGCCUGAGUUGGAAGCAAGGAGUGUUGCCAAAUACUUGAUGGAGGUGGGAGAUUACUGGCGUGCGUCGACGCGAGUCGAGGUUGUAUACACGAUUGGGACGACGACGAGCCCUGAUCAAGAGGCUCCAGCACGCUCUAUGUCCAUAAGAGUAUAGGGUAGAAGUCCAUGAGACCAUGACCAGUUGACGGCGUGUGUGUGCAUCUAUCAUCUUAGUAUGUUGCUGAUUUGGCGCCCAUCUUCAUGAAUGAGAGGAGAAAAUUGUCAGAUUAGAAGUUUUUGAACGAUCAUGAACCAAUUCUCAGCAUAUUUUACGGUGGCCCAACAAUUUUUGAAGCGGUCACUUGUCACAGCACAUAAAAACUUUCUAUGAUCUUCAGUAACUGCUGCUGCUGCUGCUGCUUAUGAUCCUCAGUUG